UUGCGAGUGAGGAACACGGACGUUGUAGGCGCAUUUAAAAGUUUAUAUUUUGAAUAGGAGUCGGCCACUUUUCCGACGAUUAACGGCGGUCACCGGCGGUCUGAGCGGCUGGUUCGGUUUUGCAAAGGCGUGAUUGGAGCAGUUUUGUCGGCGGAGCAGGUUCAUGGUCGCUGCGGGACUCGAAUAACGCCAGGGUGAAGCAGCAACAGUGAGGACACCAUGUGGUGGUUCCAGCAGGGUCUGUGCUUCCUGCCCGCUGCUCUGGUCAUCUGGACGGCCGCGUCCUUCAUCUUUGCUUACAUCACAGCGGUGGUGUUGAGACACGUGGAUCCUUUUGUGCCGUACAUCAGUGACACAGGAACGAUGGCGCCAGAGAGGUGUGUGUUUGGCAUCAUGUUGGACGUGUCUGCCUUUUUAGGAAUAGCCACGAUGUACGUGCGUUACAAACAGGUGGAGGGUCUGUUGGGUGAGGACGACUUCAAACUCCUCAGGCUGAACUGCAUCGGGCUCUGGCUGGGCUGGACCAGCUCCUUCGGCAUGUGCGUGGUGGCAAACUUCCAGAAGACGACGCUGUUCUACAUGCACCUCGUGGGGGCAAUUCUCACCUUUGGGUUCGGGGCUCUUUACAUCAUCGUUCAGACGCUGCUCUCGUACUACAUGCACCCUCACAUCCACAGCAGGACCGUCUACCUGGCGCGCCUCGGUAUCGGGGCCUGGACCUUGGGCAGCAUCAUCAGCAUGUUUAUAUCUUCAGUCAUCAUGUACACCAGUCUGAUUGGAGUGGACGUUCCUCGCAAACUCCACUGGACUCCCGGCGAGACGGGUUACACGGCUCACAUUGUCAGCACAGUGUCAGAGUGGUUUCUGGCCUUCUCCUUCAUCAGCUUCUUCUUAACCUACAUCAGAGAUUUUCAGAAAAUAACUCUGCGAGCAGAAGUCGACCUGCAGAGCAGCCACCUGUAUGACUCGACUCACAGACGCAUCGCUGCGUCACAUCACAACAAGCGUGCACCUUCUGAAGCGUCUCCACUGCUGGCGGGAGCAACAUGAUGAGCAGCGUGGCCUUCACCAACCCCCCCCCCCCUUUUUUUUUUAAACAUUAAAUUUAAAGGCAUUUUAUAAAAGUAUUAUGACAGCUGCGGUGGCUCUUACAGGGUCAGAACACACAUAUGUGUCCUCCUUCUUAUGAUACUGUAAUAUGCAGUCAGAUAUUAAGGUUUGACACUUAUGCUCAAGGUUUCUUCCUCUGCCUCUAUGACGUGAAAGUGAAUUUAGCUGCUCACGGCAUUAAAAACCAUUAAAUCAGAGUCCUAAAAGCAGCGAGACGUUAUAAUAAACACAGCACACCCACACCUGUGUGCAUUUAUGGUCCCCCCCAAAACUCUUUGGUGGAGAAAGAACUGUCUAAAGAGAAACUACAUGAAACCCGUCUGACUGGAGAGAUGAUACUGACAGGAGAGAUUUGUGUGUGUGUGUGUGUGUGAUCUGACCCUGUAAAUGUGAUGCUUUUACACUAUUCUGUCAAACCAUGUAAUCUCUCUGCACUUUGCUCUUUAAAAAAAAAAAAAAAUUAUUUGUGCUGAUUUAUAAAAAUUGUUACUGCUGUUCCUUCACGAGUCUGUGGGAGCCGUUUAAAUCUGAGCCAGUUUUUUGGAGUCGAGCCGCCGGCUCGUUGAGGUCAGCAAACAGUUUUCCCGACUUUAAACUGUCAUUUAACUGAAAUAAGUUUAUCUGCAUGCUGGGUGGGUUUUUUUUUUCAUGCAGCAAAUGUAAAGGUGUUAAAACAUUCCUACAGAAAGACUAAAAACUGUAACUUUAUAACUCACUUUCUUAUAGAUUAGCACAUUUUUUAAAAGGAUUUUAAGCUUUCCAAAGUCAGUCCACUUUACCUGUUGGAACAUUUGUCAUUUACAGCUGCUUUAAAGGUGCGCUGUUGAGGAAAAAUUGUUUACUGUCAUGUUAAAGUCCAAACCACUCUGUUUACUAUUUUUUAAACCUUAAUGAUAUUACCUUUAAAUAUCCUCCUGGCACACUACAGACGACACCUCCCCUGCUGCCAGUUACCUGAGAACUACUCAUACAGAUAUGUAUUCAAGUAACAAGCUUCUAAUUUUUCACCCCGUUUCUGUGCUGUGAUGUUUGCUGGUAUCUGUUGUACAUUUUCACAUGAAGACUAACAAAGAUGCACUUAUGUUUCAGUGCUUUACAGACAUGUAAACUGCAGUUUUAUCUAUGCGAAUAUUUUGAUAUUAAAUAAACACACUGUGGAGCCG